UGUCAACCAUACGAGUACCUUUUGCUUCUCUCUUCGACAUGCCCUCUCGUGCCCACAACCAUCCCCCUCUCAAGCCGAUAGAACUGGACGAACCGUCUCAGCUCGAUGAAGUCUCCCUCUUCCAAGGACUUCCCAUGGUACGAGUGCCACAUGAUAGUGCUGGCCCUCCCCCCGAACUUCUUGAGACAGCGUUCCUGGGAUUUGGAGGCAAAGAGCACGACACAGACUGGGACACGUUGUGCAUUACGGCGUUGAAGAACCGGUUGCCCCUGCGAGAACACCCCAUGUUCGAGAGCAGUAUGGGUCCUCUUCGUCGCUAUGCCGGUCGUGUUUUUGUGAAGGUGGUGGAUAUUCCGGGUAAGGGUCGUGGGCUGGUCGCAGCGGUUGACAUUCUGGAAACCGGACGGCUUUUUGCACUUGAACGUCCGCUCCUCAUUUGCAGGGGGUCCCUGAGCAGUCAUCUCAUCGCGAAUUUCACCAAAUUACUCGACCAAGGCCUAACCGACCAGCACAAAAAAGAAUAUUACCAGUUGCAUAACUGCAAAUCUAAAGAACCUGGGAUGAUCGAGGCUAUCAGUAUCAUGCGUACUAAUGGGUUUGGAAUCGACUACCCAUUUGACACCGAAUCCCAACGAGCUGUUUUCGAUGUUAUAUCACGUGCCAACCAUAGCUGCGUUCCGAAUGCUUAUUUCGAGUGGGACUUCAAAGUUUUCAGCGGUCUAUUGAGGCCGCUCGUUCCAAUUGAGAAAGGAGAAGAAAUCACAAUUUCUUACACCUCACUUCUCGUGCCUGCUUCGGAACGUAAAGCCGACCUUUUGCGAAAGUAUGGGUUCGAAUGCACUUGUCCUGCCUGCUCUCUUCCUCCUCGUCUUCAGAAGGAAUCCGAUCAACGACGUGUCGCUCUCAUAGAUAGAAUCAACCGAGGUCGCGCCCUGCGAGCCGAUACUGCGGUCAUUCAUGCUGGGUUUGACGAUUCGCACAUCAUGGAAUCGCUCAACAUGUGCGAGACAGAAGGCCUGGUGUAUACGCGAGCGGAAAUGAUGUACUGGUAUGCAGUUUGGGAGAUCAAGCUACGAGCCAUACGCACCGGUGACUGGUCGCGAGCAGAAGCGCUUGCUCACCGUGCAAUCGAAGAAACACAGAAGAUUGGGGCUAUAGAAUUCGUGGUCGGCCUACAGAGCUUGCUCCUAGCAAAACCCGGAACGAGACUGAAUUCGCAAAAUAUUGCCGACAUAGUCAACGCAAUCAAAUCGAUGGCCCUAACUGAGCCCAAGCCCGAUCACGCAUCUUCCUCCAGUCGCCCUUCUAACUCCGCAGUCAAGGACCCCGAAUGGUCUAAUCUUGUAAUACCAGUCGAGUACAUAGCACGUCACUGAGUCGAGAGCACUAGCCCAGUUACUUGCUUUCGGAUAUAAACUUCGCACUUCAGAUACAGAAUUU